AUGGAACCCAAUCACUCCCUUAACCACAAAAACUACCAGUCGUUCUUGUUGUCCUUGUCCUUCUUUUGGUGUUUGGCUCCCCUCCAUGCUCAAAACUUCCAAACUUACAUUGUUCAGGUCUAUCCACAUGAUAUGGUUAGCAGCCUUUUCCAAACCAAGCUCCAUUGGCACCUCUCCUUCCUUGAGAAAGCCGUUCUCUGGGAAGAAGAGGACCCUUCCUCUCGGCUGCUCUACUCCUACCAAACGGCCCUCGAAGGUUUCUCAGCUCGCCUCGCCGACGAAGAAGCUGCGGCCUUGCGAGCAUUGCCUGGUGUUGUCUCGGUCCGUCCUGACCGCCGGCUUGAGCUACACACCACCUACUCCUACAAGUUCUUGGGGCUGAACUUUGCACCAGGUGGAGCUUGGACUCGGUCUGGAUUUGGUAUGGGUACCAUCAUCGGAGUGCUCGACACCGGUGUCUGGCCGGAGAGCCCCAGCUUUAGCGAUCAGCGGAUGCCACCCGUGCCUCCCCGGUGGAGGGGUGCCUGCCAAGAAGGAGAGAGCUUCAAUUCCUCCAACUGCAACCGAAAGCUCAUCGGCGCCCGGUUCUACACCAAAGGUCACCGCGCCAACAUGCCCGAAAAGCCGGCGUCGGCGUCGCUGCUAGAGUAUGUGUCCCCAAGAGAUGCACAUGGGCAUGGUACCCACACGGCGUCAACUGCAGCCGGGGCACUGGUUCCUGGUGCCGGUGUCCUUGGCGUCGGAGCUGGCGAGGCACGAGGGAUGGCCCCCGGCGCCUACAUUGCCGUCUACAAGGUCUGCUGGUUCAAUGGGUGCUACAGCUCCGACAUCCUUGGAGGGAUGGAUGAUGCCAUCCAAGAUGGAGUUGAUGUCCUCUCCCUCUCCCUCGGUGGCUUCCCAAUCCCGCUCUUCGAGGACAGCAUCGCAAUCGGUAGUUUCAGGGCCAUGGAGAAGGGUGUCAUUGUCAUCUGCGCCGCCGGAAACAAUGGCCCUGUGCCGAGCUCUGUCGCCAAUGAAGCCCCAUGGAUCACGACGGUCGGUGCAAGCACGCUGGACCGGAGGUUCCCGGCCUUUGUUCGGAUGGGCAACGGUCAGAUCCUCUAUGGUGAGUCCAUGUACCCGGGCAACCGAUUUUUGAAAAAGAGCGGGAAGCAGCUGGAGCUGGUCUACCAGGCUGGCGGGAGGAAAGAAGCUGAAUUCUGCCUGAAGGGAUCUCUUUCGAAAUCCAGCAUUGGAGGGAAGAUGGUGGUCUGCGACCGAGGGAUCAGCGGCAGAACCGAGAAGGGCGAGGCUGUGAGGGAAGCGGGUGGAGCUGCCAUGGUCCUGGCCAAUACCGAGAUCAACCAGGAGGAGGAUUCUGUUGAUGUCCAUGUCCUGCCUGCGACCUUGAUAGGCUACCAAGAGUCCAUAAGAUUGAAGAGCUACAUCAACUCGACAAGGCAUCCGGUGGCACAAUUAAUCUAUGGAGGAACAAGAAUCCGACGAUCAAGGGCGCCGGCGGUCGCCUUGUUCUCGUCACGAGGGCCAAGCCUGACAAAUCCCUCGAUCCUUAAACCGGACAUCAUUGCUCCAGGGGUGAACAUCAUUGCAGCAUGGCCUGCAAAUCUUGGCCCCUCGGGGCUGCAAGAAGAUCGCCGGCGGUCUAAUUUCAGUGUCCUGUCAGGGACAUCCAUGGCAUGCCCCCAUGUCAGUGGAAUUGUAGCUCUUGUACAUGCAAUGCACCCCUCAUGGAGCCCGGCUGCAGUUCGGUCAGCUAUCAUGACGACUGCCGACAUUGGAGACCAUUCCAGGAAGCCCAUAAUGGAUGGCAAAGAGCAAGCUGGAGUCUUUGCCAUCGGCGCCGGGCAUGUCAACCCAACAAGAGCAGUCGAUCCCGGGCUGAUUUAUGACAUCAAACCAGAUGACUACAUCACCCAUCUUUGUACUCUUGGAUACACUCAGUCGGAGAUCUUUACCAUCACUCACAGAAACACCAGCUGCCAUGAGGUCCUGCACCAGAACAAACACUUCAGUCUUAACUACCCCUCAAUUUCAGUAACUUUCAGGCAAGAAAGCACAUCAGUUAUGAUUCAGAGGACACUAACCAAUGUUGGUGUCCCAAAUUCGAUGUACUCAGUGCAAGUAACUGCACUGCAAGGAGUCAGGGUGAGAGUGAUGCCAAAGACCUUAACAUUCAGAGAAAUAAAUGAAAGGAGAAGCUAUACAGUUUGGUUCCAGUCAAAUAGGAAAACAGUGAAAGAGAGAAGCUUUGCAGAAGGGCAUCUGACAUGGGUGCACAGCAGAAAGUCCCAAUAUAAGGUAAGAAGCCCAAUAUCAGUUACUUGGGCAUAGGAGUAGGAUAGCUUCUAACUCUCCAAAGGUUGUUUUAUAGAAAUUUCCGAUUUUAGAAGUGCAGGAAACAGGAUGAAGCUUUUAUUAUUGAUAAAGAGAGAGCUGUCCUUGUAUCAGGUUUUAUAACAUGUAAGGAGCUAUGGUCAUCUAUUUAAUUACACAGCUCAAGUAUAAUAAUAAGAUUC